AUGGAAACAGACUGCUCGUAUGAGUGGGUAGAAAGGCUGCUUCUAUCCUCCCAACCUCACAACCUCCCUUCUCCCAUCCCCACACACCGCCCAUGCAGGCAUCAGCUGUUCUCACAGCCGCACUGGCGCACCUCAUUAUGCGAGGCUCCAUCCCCCCGUCCCCAUCCGUACCUCCUGUCAACCUCCCCUCCAAUCUCUCCUCGCGGCUCAGCAGCAGCAGCAGCAGCAGCUGUGGAGUUCACAUUUAAGGAGGACGCGGUAGAGCAGCCCGGGUGGGGGUUCUGGAACCAGUUACCAGAUGGGGCGGAUGAGGGGGGUGAGGAGAAUGAUGGGGAUGAGGAAGAUGAGGGGGACGAAGAGGGUAAGGCACGCAAAAAAAUCGACAAGAUUAAUGAGUUAUUGUAUGAGGCGGAUAGAGCAGGGGCGGAGGAUGACGAAGAUGAGGGGGAUGAGGAGGCAGGAGAGGGAGAUGGUGGGAAGCAUGCAGCAAGGUCCCGUGUGAAGAAGAGAGUCCCUCGUGUGAAGGGGGAGACAACAAGCAACCCCAGCGAGGUGUUUGACCUACAGGCGUUGCAUCCAGCUGAACCUCAAGCGGCUCAGAAUGGUGCUGCAGACCUUGGAGCGAUUCAGAGCGGUGCUGCUGGGAAGGUUGCUGGUUCUGAUGGGAGCAAUGCACAGUCUGCUGGUGGGGGCACACGCCCUGAUGAGAGGAGAGGGCGGGAGGUCGGGGAGCAGGGUAGCAGGGGGAGAAGGAGGCGGGUGCAGCAGGGUGGGGGUGGCAAAGCAGAGGAGGGGGGACAGCAGUUGCCUUCGCUGGACCUGAAAAUGAUAAUGAUGAUGGUGGUGUGUGAUGAUGAUGAUGAUGAUGAUGAUGAUGAUGAUGAUGAUGAUGAUGAUGAUGAUGAUGAUGAUGAUGAUGAUGAUGAUGAUGAUGAUGAUGAUGAUGAUGAUGAUGAUGAUGAUGAUGAUGAUGAUGAUGAUGAUGAUGAUGAUGAUGAUGAUGAUGAUGAUGAUGAUGAUGAUGAUGAUGAUGAUGAUGAUGAUGAUGAUGAUGAUGAUGAUGAUGAUGAUGAUGAUGAUGAUGAUGAUGAUGAUGAUGAUGAUGAUGAUGGUGGUGUGAUGCACAUCUACUGCCGGCCUGUGUUUCUUAAAUCUCGCCCAGCAUCCACUCAUCUCUCCUCCACCUUUCACCCCCUCUCAUCCUUGCAUUUUAAGCCCCCUUUCUCCCUUCCUUUUCCCCCUCUCUCAGUGCCCUCUUCUCAACAUCUCCUACUGUCCUCCAUCCGAAUCUCCCCUCCAGCCAGAUCAGACCCUGUCACUGACGCCUCUGGUGCCCCCGUCCCCUCUCAAAUACUCCAAGAGACCCUCGUCUCCCCCUCCACCCACUCCACCUACAUCGCUGCUUACACCGGCGUGGGGGGCAUCGUAGGGGAGGUGGAGGGGGAGGAGGAAGAAGUGGAGGGAGGGGAAGGAGGGGAGGAGGGAGGGGAGGAGGGGGAGAAUGGGGAGGAGGAGGGAGGGGAGGGGGAGGAGGAGGGAGAGGAGGGGGAGGAGGAAGAGGAGUGGGUGGAUUAUGGGGAUGGGCGAGGCCCACAGCCAAGCCAUAAGCAGAAAAUGAAGCAUCGGGAAAGGCAGACGAAGGAGGAGACGGGGGGAAAGCAGGAGGGAGAGAAGAAGGACGGGGGCCAAAAGGAGGAAGAGCAGCAGCAGCAGCAGCAGCAGCAGCAGCAGCAGCAGCAGGCAGUGCUAUCGCUUGUGUUCAAUGCGGAAGUGCCUCCUCUUGGAUUCGCCACCUUCUUUGUCUCGCCGGCAACCCAAGGUGGUGCUGCUGGUGCCGACAGGGGCGGUGGGGAGCGGGCGGUGUUGCGUGUCUCGUUCUCCAAGUCAGCGGUGGGCAUGCAGCGGAUGGAGCUGGUCUCUCGGAGUGCGAACGGCACAGAGGAGACUGUGGUGAGUAGUGCUGCCAAGAGAAAGGAUCACGGUAAAGCUCGGCACAACUACACUGUGCAGGCUAUGGAGGGCAUGUGUGGUGAGGUCUGUGCUGUGGUGACUUUUGCGUCGACUCAAAAGUCUGUAUGCAUGAUGAAUGAUGAGCGCAUGGGCAUGCCAGUGAGCGCGAGCAUGAUGGAGUAUGCAACGUUUGGCGGCGGCGCUUACAUCUUUGAACCCUCCAAGCCUGCCGCGCCCAUCACCAGCACCAACGCCACCUACCAGGUGCCCAUUCACGUCCAGCGUGGACCGAUUGUGGAGGAGUUCAGCCGCCAGAUCACUCCGUGGAUCUCUGAGGUGUUCAGAGUGUAUCCAGGACAGGACUAUGCUGAGCUGCACUAUGCCGUGGGUCCUCUGCCCUCCAAGCGUCCCAACCAUGAGGUGGUCACUCGCUUUGUUUCUCCCAUCAACAGCAGCAAGACCUUCUAUUCAGACUCCAAUGGCCGCAGCUACAUUAAGCGGGUGCUGGACUAUCGGUCUGACUGGGACCUCAAUGUCACCGACCCCAUCGCAGGGAACUACUACCCGCUUACAGUCGGGGCUUUCAUAAAAGACAAAGCAGCCCAGUUGUCGGUGCUCGUGGACCGGGCGGCAGGCGCUGCCAGCCUGGCAUCCGGACAGAUAGAGGUCAUGCUGCACAGGAAGCUGAGUUCGCUGGACGGAAAGGGCGUGGGGGAGCCGCUACAGGAGAGCAUCACACUCGGAAACAAGACCCGCUCCCUCACAGUUGUGGGAUCUCUGCGCUUUGGACUGCACUCCACCAAGGACUCAGGAGAAAGCGCAGGGGAGAAGCAAGGAGAGCAAGGCGAGGAGCGGCAGGGUUUGGGGCGAGGGAGCGAGUGGAGGAGGGAGCAUGCACAGCGGUUAUUAACCCCUCUGCAGCUUGCCUUUGCGGUUGAAAAUCGCCAGUCCAUCAGAGCAGCACAAGGCAGCUACACGUGGCACUACUCCUUCUCCCAGCCAUCAUCCACGUCAGCAUCAUCCACAUCAAACAGCAGUCCUGGCAGUGCUCCCCCCUAUUCAGUCCCUCCCAACGUUGCUGUAAUCUCGAUGCAGGAGCUCUCACCAAGCAAGGUUCUUCUGAGACUAGCUCACCUGUAUCAACCUGGGGAGCAUGCUGACUUGUCUAGUCCAGUUCAAGUGGACCUUCGAAGAUUGUUUGCAGCAAAACAGAUUCACGAGGUGACAGAGCUGAGUCUGAUGGCCAAUCAGAAACGAGCAGACAUGCGACAGCCUCUUUCCUGGCGAGUGGAGGGCGAGGAGGCAGUUGAGGGAGCAGGUGAUGAAAAUGUAUCAGCUCAAGAAUCGUUCGUUGAUCCUGCUUCUCUUGUUGUGGAGUUGGGCCCUGCAGAAAUUCGCACAUUUUCAAUCAGGCUGCAAGCAAGCCACGUGUCGUUUGUCUCAGCGCAUAGUUUUCUGCUCCCUUCCGCGGUUUCAUCUCCCUCCGUUUGUUCCAUCAACGUCGUCCCUCUGUCGCUCGUCGUCCAUCCGGUUACGAUCGAUGUACCGAACGUCGCGAGUCCUGGGACUUGUGCAAUGCUUGAAGCAGCCAUGGCAUGGAGCAAUUACGAUUUGAAUGCUUUCGAGGGGAAAGUGAAGCACUGUCUGCAGAUCAGGAAUCAGCCAGAUAAUGAGUUAACUUACCUGCUGGAAGAAGCGCUGCACAAGCUGCGGGGUCAGGAGGUUCAAGUUCUGGGAGUACGGGGGUCACACUUUGUGGUGGCCAGACUUCAGCAGGAGAUUGUGUGUCUGGAGAAGAAGGUUGAACAAGCUGGGCCGCUGGAGAAGUUGGUGCAGGACUUGAGGGAAGAGCUCGAUGAGGUGACGCAGCAGCGCAACGGGCUGCGGCAGCAGCUGAGGAAUACACAGGAGCACAGAGGGAGGCUGAGUCAACAAAUCAUGGAAGCUCAAGAUAUUUCCCUUCAGGCAAGUGAUAAAUUGCACCUCUCCAACUCUCCUGCCCCCAUCUCCACCAGAACAGUUGGCGAUUCCGUUCCUUGCUGUGUUGCCAUUCUAUGCAGUUAUGCUCAGGAUCACUUGAACGCUAUCAUCGCAAGGUCGUACCUGCUUCUUAUCACCGUAGCCAUGGCAGCAAGCAACGACGACUUGGCUACUCUUGAGGAAAAGCUGAUUAUUGGCCAGCAGACCAGGAAGCAGGCAGACGAUGAGUUAACUCAGGUUGUGGAACAAGCCCUGCUCGAGCUGCGCAGCCAGUCAACUGAAAUUGGGCUGCUGCGCGAGACGUUGGCUGCCCUGCGUGCAGUGAAUAUCGAGCUUGUCACACGGAUGAAGGGGUUGGAAGCUAGGCUGAGUGACCAUGAGGAACUAGAGAGAAGGGUUAGGGAGUUUGAGAAGCUGGAGGAGACUAGGGUCAAAGAGUAUGAGAAACUCGAGAUUAGGGUCAGGGAUUAUGAAAAACUGGAGGAGAGGGUUAGGGAGUAUGAGAAACUGGAGGAGAGGGUUAGGGAGUAUGAGAAGCUGGAGGAGAGUAGGGCCAAAGAGUAUGAGAAACUGGAGAUUAGGGUCAGGGAUCAUGAGAAACUGGAGAAGAGGGUUAUGGAGUAUGAGAAACUGGAGAAGAGGGUCAGGGAGUAUGAGAAACUGGAGAAGAGGGUUCGGGAGUAUGAGAAGCUGGAGGAGAGUAGGGUCAAAGAGUAUGAGAAACUGGAGGGUAGGGUCAAGGAUUAUGAAAAGCUGGAGAAGAGGGUUAGGGAGUACGAGAAACUCGAGAAUAGGUUCCGGGAGUAUGAGAAAAUGGAGAGAAGGGCUCAUGAGUAUGAGAAACUUGAGAGUAGGAGUCGACGACAGCAUGAGAAACUGGAGGCAUCGAGGAAAGAUUCGGACCAUUGGGAAGCGAAAAUGAGGAUGUGGAAGGAUAAAGCUGAGAAACUCGAGGAAGAGGCGAAAGAAUCAGCCAGCUUGAAAGGGACGGUGAGAGAGUUGAAGGAUAAAGUAGCGAAACUGGGUGCGCGAGGAAAGGAAGCAGAUCAGCUGGAGGCAAGGGUGAAAGUCCUCGAGGGGUUUGAGAAAGAAGCACAACAGUCACAGGUUAUGGUGAGGAGACUUAAACGCGAGGUAGAGUAUUUGGAGAAAAGGAUACAGGAAGCUGGGUCUUCGGAAGUUUUGAUCAAGAAUCUGAAGAAAGACCUGGAAGAGGUGACGCUGCAGCGCAACAGGUUGAGUCAGCAGCUGAGGAACACUCAGGAGCACAGGGGGAGGCUGCAGCAACAAAUGAUGGAAGCCCGAGACAUGACUCUUCAGGUGCUGCGCAGCUGCAUGGCAGAGCUCAACCAAGUGCCAGCAGUGGGGGUACCUCAGCUGGUGAGCGCAAUCAAAGCUCACAUUCAGCCAGAGGUGGAGCAGGAAGGGGAGGACUUGGUGCGCUUUCGUCAAGCAAGGUCGCGUCUUUGUCUUAUUUCCGUCCGACCGAUCCUCUUCACCAUAGCUCGAAGCAACCAUGGCAGCAAGUAA